CCUGAUCACUAACACUUGUACAUCAACUACAUCGAAGUGCACGUUAAGCAUUCCGAAUUCUACAUUGUGUUGUCACCUGUCAAAUCCUUUUUCUCACGGGGGUAUGACGUCCACUCGUUUCUCACUUUGAUCCUCAAUUCCCUUCACGAUGGAUGCUCUACGUGUCCUCCUGGAGACCUCUACGUUCAACGAGGUGCUGAGAGGUCUGGCCAUCUCCAUCCUUCUAGCCAAACUCGUUAAACCUACAACAACCAUCUCGAAAUCCCAGGACUCCACCUUUAUCACGGCCAGCGGCUUCCUGCUCAUUUACUUUUUCGCUCGCUCCUGGCUGGCUCUUGUGAACCACUAUGCCCCUGAGCCAUACCUGGACGAAGUCUUCCACAUCCCCCAAGCCCAAACAUACUGUGAAGGCCGCUACCAUGAAUGGGACGACAAAAUCACCACGCCCCCCGGCCUGUACCUCCUCUCCGUAGGCUGGCACAAACUCAUGCGCCUGGCCGAGUGCACUCCAUCCUCUCUACGCUCCAACAACCUCGUGGCCACCCUCCUCACAGCCCUACUUGCUCUGUCCUGUCGGCGUAGGAUCGAGGCCCAGACUGCCAUUGGGGCAGAGAAGAGCGCCGUGUCGUUCUACGCUUACCAUACGGCCAUCAACAUCGCUUUGUUCCCCGUUAUCUUCUUCUUUUCGGGGCUCUACUACACCGAUGUCGCGUCUACUCUUGUUGUGCUGGCGGCAUAUCGGAAUCACUUGAACCGUGUGGCUUCUCAUUCCGAGAAGCCGGGGUUUCUUAAUGGUCUUUGGACUGUCAUCUUGGGCGUCGCUGCGCUCUUUAUGAGGCAGACGAAUGUUUUCUGGGUGGUGGUGUACAUGGGCGGUCUGGAGGCUGCACAUGUGGUCAGGGGACUGAAGCCAAAGCCAGUUCCUGAGAGGGAAACCCCGAGUAUUUCCCUGGCUUCGGUGGGAGAGUUCUUCGGGUUUUGGCUGAAGAGGUAUGCGGUGGGUGAUGUUCACGAUCCACCAGUUGAUAUGGCCUGGCCUGAUGAUUGGGCCUUGUGUCUCUUGAGUAUCGGCAUCGCUGCUCUUUGCAACCCGCUCAAGGUGUUGAGACAGGUCUGGCCCCAUAUCACUAUCAUGGGCCUGUUUGCCGGGUUCGUGGCUUGGAAUGGGGGUGUUGUGCUUGGAGACAAAUCCAACCAUAUCGCCACCAUCCAUCUCCCCCAGAUGCUUUACAUCUGGCCUUUCUUUGCCUUCUUCUCUGCUCCUCUCCUUAUCUCCCCGGUUCUCUCUACCGUCGCAGGUCUCAUCUCUCGCACCAAACGUACCGGCCCCUCAAACUCAACCACCGACAACCCAGGCCUCUCUUCACUUAAACCCACCAAACCAACAAUCAAAUCCACGAAAUCCUCCACGACCGAACCACACGAAACUACGACCCCAGAUCCCCCCUCCUCCAACACAAAAUCAUCAGGACCAGGCUCCCCCCUCCUAAACACCCUCUACUUCCUCCUCUCCCGCAAACUCUACUACCCCCUCUACCUCCUCCUUACCAUCCUCCUCUCCGCCUUGAUCAUCCACUACAACACCAUCAUCCACCCCUUCACCCUCGCCGACAACCGGCACUACAUGUUCUACAUCUUUCGGUACACCAUCCUCCGCUCCUCUUCGGUUCGUCUCGCCCUCGUGUUCGCCUACACUUUAUCAAGAUGGCUCGUCUGGAAGCGGCUCGAGGGGAACAACCCCCCUUCGCGCGACUUUGUCGGCGAGAUGCAGCUGAAGAAUGACGCGGAGAAUAAAAUGCGGUGGAGGGAUGAGUUUUCUGCUUCGCCGUUUGCUACUCAGGAGCUUCUGUUGGCGAGGCAAAGAUUCAUCAAUCGUAGCAUCGAUGAAACGGCUGACGACAAGAGCGACCCAAAAACGACUGCGAAUUACGAACAAAAGAAAGACAAGCAAGAGGAAGAAUGGCUCAUAGGCGCCUUCACAACCCUCACCCCCUCCCAACCGAGCCCGUCUACCUCCUCCCCACGCACCUCCACCGUUCUUCUCUGGCUUUUGACCACCACCCUGUCUCUUGUCACUGCGCCGCUGGUUGAGCCGAGAUAUUUUAUCUUGCCGUGGGUGUUUUAUCGGUUGUUGGUGCCUGCCAUGCCGGUGCCGGUGCCUUCUUCUCCUAUCUCUUCCGGUUCUUCUUCUUCUUCUUCUUCUUCUUCUUCUUUUGCGUCUUCUACCACCACCAACAGCGGCGGCGGAAGCGGUAAGGGUGGUAGUGGUAAUGAUACUACUACUACUACUACUACUACUGGUACUGCGGCGCCGCAACAACAACAACAACAACAAAACGAAAUCGGAGGAAACCAAAACAGUAGUCUCCUCUGGAAUAUCCUCCGCAGAACCGACUUAACCCUAGCCCUAGAAACAAUCUGGUUCCUAGCCAUCAACGUCGGAACAAUGUACAUGUUCCUCUUCAAGCCGUUUUACUGGAAGACUGCCGCCAGUGGGGAGAUGUUGGACGGGGGGAGUGUGCAGAGGUUUAUGUGGUGAUUAGGUACCUACUUUAUCUUAUCAAGGUAGUCUUGUUUUGUUCAUUCUCUUUGUAGGUAUGCAUUACUACUACUCUAUCUCUACAUAAGAUAUAUCUAUCCUAUCCUAUCUGCUCCCAUUACAAAGUAGAUUAGCCCAAUGUUAAAUGCAAUGACACCCACCCAGACAGAUAAUGCGUUUUAAAAACAUGCUGCUACCUAAUACUCCUGAAGACGCGGGAAAAAAGGUGACAAAAAAAAAAAAAAGUGUGGCCCGUACCAGAUUCGAACCGAUAUCUUCCUCUGAGACGCGUACGCAGACGGGGAAUCAUUCCACGCCAGGGAUGUUAUCCAUUACACCAACGAACCACGGAAAGGUGGCCAGUGAACGGAACUUAUAUACCUCU